AUGGACUAUCUAGAACGCUUGCAACAGCAGGGUUUUGAGGGUGUCGAGGAUGAAGAGUUCGACAUUGACGAAAAACUCGACAAGCUGUUCAAAAGCCAAUGGUGGAAGCGGGUUUGGACCAUCCAAGAGGGUGUGGUAGCCAACGAACACUCGAUCUUACUUUGGGGGCCUCGAGAGAUCUCGUGGGCCUAUCUCAUUAACCUAGUGGAACGUGCGAACUUUGUAACAUGGGCAUUCGAAAGAGCCGUCGUCAGCGUUAUCACAGAACGGCAAGACCUCGAAUUCUUGUUGAACAUUGCGGUGCGGCGAUCGGAAGUGAAUUGGACUGAGAAGCCUACUUGGGCCCACGAUUUCGCAGAUAACUCACGCCUGCUGUCCAACCACCUCAAGGACUAUCUGUUUCGCCGCUACGACCUCGUGCAGGAAGGCGCAAGCACUGGACGAAAAUUUACUGGCGUUCAGCAUGACGAGCAGGCGAGUACUAUCAAGAUCACUGGCACCAUCGUUGGAUCGGUCGCAGAAUCCCAGAUGAUUUUUGCCGAUUGCUACAGUCAAUUGGCCAGGAAGAAAGAUAGUGCUCUCUUAUACCAGCUCUUUCUCCGUCAGCACUUGAAUGCAUUCGUGCCAUGGCUUUUACAGACACUACAAGACUUUACUCAUAUCGCUCGAAAAGCAUGGAGCAAGCGCUUCUCGCCGGACGAGAUCAACGCAAAGAUAGAAAGAGGGGACGUUUGGCGUGUCGCUUUAGAUGGACGGAGUAUGGACAACCUUAAGUCGCGCAUCAAGCCACCGAUGCCCAAAGCUCUCGUGGAUGAAUGGGCAGUCCUCCAGCGCUAUUCAGCGCUCGAUACCUGGCGACAUAUGCUUUCUCAGGAAAAGAGCGGUCUGGCCGAGGAUCCAGAAUCCAGCAUUGCGAAGACAUUAUACCGCCAUAUCGUAGCCAUUUUUAGUACACACCCACACUGGAAAGGGUGCCUUUUCACGACGACAAGCGGCUAUGUUGCAUCUGCGGGUAUGAAAGCUCAAAGCGGUGAUGUGGUGUGUAUCCUCUUUGGAUCUCUCCUACCACUGGUUUUGAGACCACAGAACGAUGGAACGUACAUCAUCAUCGAUGCUGCCUACGUGGAAGGAAUAAUGGAGGGGGAAUUCCUCGAAGACAGGUCAAGCUACACGGAUACAGAGUUCGUCAUCAGUUGA